CGGCCAUUUUGAGCCUGUGUCCGCCCCGCCCCGCUCCCGCCCUCUCGCAGUCUCGCGAGGCCCCGUUUGAAACGGCGGCGGGCGGGCGGGCGGGCUCGGCGGCUCCCCUCGGGCAGGCCCGGCCCGGCCAUGCCGCUGCAGCCGCGGCUCCUCCGCACGUACUCGCGGCGCGGCGGCCACCUCCGCCCGCUGCCGCAGCCCGCCCGCUGGAUUUCGCCGCCUCAGGACCGCAGGCGGCUCUUCAGCUCCACCUCGGCCGGCUCCAGCUCCGCCUGCUCCAGCGCCCUCUCCGCCGCUUCGGACGACCCCGACUUCUCUCCGCCAGGGAAGCGCCGCCGGCAGCCGCUGGGUGAGCGCCCCGCCCGGGCUCGGUGUCUGCGGAGCCGGCGCGGCGCCGCCACCGAGGAGAAGGAUGAGAAGGAGAACCGGCCGCCCGCCCUCAGCUCCCCGUCGCCCUCCCCGCUGCCUCCCCGCGCCGCCCGCCGCCGCCGCCAGGGGCCGGCCCGCGGGGCUCGGCGGCCGCUGCUCUGCAGCACCCCGCAGUGGGCGCCCCGCCGCAGCCGCCGCCCGCCGCCGGCGGAGCUCAGCAGCAGGCUGGAGGGAGGCUCGGGGCUGCAGGGCAGCCUGGAGCUCUUCUCGUCGCCCCGAGGGGGGCAGGACGCCUCGCUCUGCAGCGGGCCCAGCACGCCCGAGUCGUUGAGGGGAGAUGGGGAGGAGGCGAAGGCGUCGCCACCAAGGGCCAGCAGGGUUCUGAGGGCGUCCGUGCGGGGCCCCCUGUUCCUGCAGCAAAGCGCAAGCGGUCCUCCUGCUAACAGCGAGCCCCUGCACUCCACCCCGUAUGAUGGUGCCAGGGCUGAAGAGCCCUGCGAUGAUGUAGAAGGAGAUUCAAGAGAAGGAAACCUGAGCAGCCAGAGAGGCAAAACCAAGCACCAGCCUACGCUGGUGGUGGUCUUGAACCGUCAGGAAGUGCCGCUGUGGCUGACAAGCAUGAAAGCUGACAAAAAGGCAGACGCUCAACGUUCCUGCCAGAAACCAGCGUCGCCUUUGGGCCCUCAAGGAAUGGUGGAAUAUAAAAUUAAAAGCACCAAGGUCACUUCUGCAGAGGGAAGUGCCUGUAGAAGAGCUUGCAUCAGUGGCUUCAGUGCCAAGCGGUGGGAUAGGCAAAUAAGGCUCCGUCCCCUAAGACUGAAAAAUAAGAGACAGCAGCAUGCUAAUAACUCUUUUUUCAGACCACAAACGAGAGCAAAAGGAAGGAAGAAGGGUGGUCAGGAGAUGUCUGUAGAUACAAGAGACAACGAUUGUUCAUUCCUCAAUAACUCCCAUGCCUGGGGUAGACUUCGAGCGUCUCUGUCCUUCCAUAAGAAAAAGAAAGUUACUGCAGACGAGUGUUCCUACAGUAGCAUCCUUUGUGCCCCUUUUGUGAAUUCCGAGGUUACAGGGCACCAAGCAACCCCAUCUUCUAGUAUGGCUCAGUACUGUGCUUUGUCUGCUUCUUCCAUGGCACUGCUGGCUCCCAGGAAUUCCUGUUCAGGCCUGGAGGUAAUGCUUACAGACGCAGAGAAGGUGUUUGGGGAAUGCCACCAGGAGAGACCUAUCACUUUUGAGGAAUGCAUUCCCUUAGAUAAGAUGAAAGACUGCAAGAAAAUUGGAGAAGGGGUGUUUGGAGAGGUUUUCCAGAUUGACAGUAAGAGAGGACCUGUGGCCUUAAAAAUAAUUCCCAUUGAGGGGACUGAAAGAGUGAAUGGUGAAGCUCAAAAAAGCUUUGGGGAGAUUCUACCUGAGAUAAUAAUUUCAAAGGAACUUAGUCUUCUCUCUGAAGAGUCCAUGAAUAGGACCGUAGGGUUCAUUAGCUUGUACUCUGUGCACUGUGUUCAAGGGGCCUAUCCUAAGUAUCUCUUAGAAGCUUGGGACAAAUACGACAAAGUAACAGGAUCAGAAAAUGAUCGGCCAGACCUUUUUGGGGAAGAGCAACUCUUCAUGGUGCUGGAGUUUGAAUUUGGAGGCAGUGACUUGGAGAACAUGAAAGGCAGCUUGAGUUCGGUGGCUUCAGCAAAAAGCAUUUUGCACCAGGUAACUGCUUCCCUGGCUGUGGCAGAACAGGAACUGCACUUUGAGCACAGAGACUUACACUGGGGGAACGUGCUGGUAAAGAAAACAGAUGUCAAAGAGCUUAAUUAUGUGUUGAAUGGGACGAUGUGCACAAUCCCCACAAGAGGGAUCCAUGUCAACAUCAUAGAUUAUACCUUGUCUCGGCUGGAGAAAGAUGGGUUAACUGUUUUUUGUGACCUUUCCACUGAUGAAGAGCUGUUCCAAGGCACAGGAGACUACCAGUUUGAUAUCUACAGGCAAAUGAAAGCAGAGAACUCCAACAGCUGGACUGACUAUAAUCCCCACAGCAAUGUCCUCUGGUUGCACUAUUUGUCAGAUAAACUUUUGAAAGAUAUGGUUUACAAGAAAAAAGAAUCCACUUCUGCCAUGAGAAAAAUAAAGCAGCAGCUCGUUCAGUUCCAUAAAGAAGUACUGACCUUUGGGUCUGCCAGUGAAGUUCUGCAUAGCAGCAGCCUCUUCCAGUGAGUAAAGGAGCACAAUGCUUCCAAGAACUAAGUCACUGAUGCCCCUGUCCCCUUUGUCAUUUUUCUGUAUGGUCUUUUUAAAUGUUGGCACGAUGAACAAAUGUUAUGAUUGGUUACCAGCAUGUAAAGUAAACUAUGAAAAAUGUGUAAAAAUGCACAAAAAAAAAAAGCCGCCUGCUUUAAGAUGUUUCCAUAUGUACUUUUUUGAGGGGUGAGGGUGGAAGGGAACAGACUUGACAUUGGAGGUGGAGGGAAAAGAUUUCUUCAGGCUUAGUUCGUGCCCCGAAUUCCACUUGGAUU